AUGACUACUGAGUAUCUUCCCGCUUCUGCCAGCUCCGCCUACGACUAUAUCAUCGUAGGUGGUGGUACGGCUGGAUGUGUUCUGGCUUCCCGCCUAUCCUCCUACCUUCCUGAGCGCAAGGUUCUUAUGAUUGAGGCUGGCCCUUCAGACUUUGGUCUCAACAAUGUCCUGAACCUUCGCGAGUGGCUAUCUCUCCUUGGUGGUGACCUCGACUAUGAUUAUCCCACAACUGAGCAGCCCAAUGGCAACAGCCACAUCCGACACUCACGUGCAAAGGUCCUCGGUGGAUGCUCCUCUCACAACACUCUCAUCUCCUUCCGCCCCUUCCGCCACGACAUGGAUCGUUGGGUCGCCAAGGGCUGUAAGGGCUGGGACUUCGAGACCGUUAUGCGUAACGUUGACAACUUGCGCAACCAGCUGAACCCCGUUCACCCCCGUCAUCGUAACCAGCUCACCAAGGACUGGGUCAAGGCCUGCUCCGAGGCCAUGGGCAUCCCCAUCAUCCACGACUUCAAUCACGAGAUCUCCGAGAAGGGACAGCUGACCCAGGGUGCUGGUUUCUUCUCUGUCUCUUACAAUCCUGACACUGGCCACCGCAGCAGUGCUUCCGUCGCCUAUAUCCACCCUAUCCUUCGUGGCGAUGAGAGACGACCUAACUUGACCGUCCUCACCGAGGCCCAUGUUUCAAAGGUCAUCGUCGAAAAUGACGUUGCCACUGGCAUCAAUGUCACUCUCAAGUCAGGCGAGAAGCAUACUCUUAAUGCCCGCAAGGAGAUCAUCUUGUCUGCUGGUGCUGUCGAUACCCCUAGACUACUCCUUCACUCUGGUAUUGGGCCUAAGGGCCAGCUUGAGGACCUGAAGAUUCCUGUUGUCAAGGAUAUUCCAGGUGUAGGCGAGAAUCUCCUAGACCACCCCGAGACCAUUAUUAUGUGGGAGCUCAACAAGCCCGUCCCUGCCAAUCAGACCACCAUGGAUUCCGAUGCUGGUAUUUUCCUGCGACGAGAGCCUAAGAACGCUGCUGGUAACGACGGCGAUGCCGCUGAUGUCAUGAUGCACUGUUACCAGAUUCCUUUCCACCUUAACACAGAGCGUCUAGGGUAUCCCAUCAUCAAGGACGGUUACGCCUUCUGCAUGACACCCAACAUUCCCCGUCCUCGCUCACGUGGCCGCAUCUACUUGACUUCAGCCGACCCCACUGUCAAGCCUGCUCUCGAUUUCCGAUACUUUACUGACCCCGAGGGCUACGACGCUGCCACCCUGGUCCACGGCAUCAAGGCUGCCCGAAAGAUUGCGCAGCAGAGCCCCUUCAAGGACUGGCUCAAGGGAGAAGUUGCCCCUGGUCCUAAGAUCCAAACGGAUGAGGAGAUAAGCGAAUAUGCUCGCCGAGUUGCCCACACAGUCUACCACCCUGCCGGUACCACCAAGAUGGGUGACGUUGAGCGCGAUGAGAUGGCUGUUGUCGACCCCGAGCUCAAGGUUCGUGGAAUCAGCAAGCUCCGCAUUGUUGAUGCUGGUAUCUUCCCUGAGAUGCCAACAAUCAACCCCAUGGUGACCGUGCUGGCUGUUGGUGAGCGAGCUGCCGAGCUCAUUGCUCAAGAGGAGGGCUGGAAGCCCAAGCACUCCCGACUGUAA